GUCCCGCCCCCACCGCAGCCGCCGCCGCGGCCGUCGCCACACCGGCCGCCCCCGGAGCGUCUCUGAGGAGGCGCGGGCCGCUGCAGGCUCCGGCGCCGCACCGCGCCAGCCCGAGCCGCGGGACGAGGCCCAGGGAGCCGCUCAGCCCCGACCCCCCGCCCCCUCAUGUCCUCAAGAUGGAGGCGGCGUGAGGAAGGCGGCGGCGCUGCGGGAGCGGGGACCCCGGCGGCCCGGGCGGAGGCGGCGGCCGCGGCGGGAUGGGGCUGCUGCUCAUGAUCCUGGUGUCGGCCGUGCUGGGCUCCUUCCUCACGCUGCUCACCCAGUUCCUGCUGCUGUACCGCCGACAGCCCGAGCCGCCUCCGGACGAGGCCGCCCGCGCGGGCGACGGCUUUCGCUACCUCAAGCCGGUGCCGGGCCUGCCCCUGAGGGAGUACCUCUAUGGCGGCGGCGGCGGGGCUGAGGAGCCGGCCGGAGGGGCCCCCGAGGGCGGCGCGACCCCGGCCCCCGAGACCCCCGGGCCGCCGACGCGGGAGACGUGCUAUUUCCUCAAUGCCACCAUCCUGUUCCUGUUCCGCGAGCUGCGGGACACCGCGCUGACCCGCCGAUGGGUCACCAAGAAGAUCAAGGUGGAGUUCGAGGAGCUGCUGCAGACCAAGACGGCAGGGCGCCUGCUGGAGGGGCUGAGCCUGCGGGACGUGUUCCUGGGCGACACGGUGCCCUUCAUCAAGACCAUCCGGCUGGUCCGGCCCGUGGUGGCCUCGGCCACGGGCGAGCCCGACGGCGCCGAGCCCGACGCGCUGCCCCCCAGCUGCCCCGAGGAGCUGGCCUUCGAGGCCGAGGUGGAGUACAACGGGGGCUUCCACCUGGCCAUCGACGUGGACCUGGUCUUCGGCAAGUCCGCCUACCUCUUCGUCAAGCUGUCCCGCGUGGUGGGCAGGUUGCGCUUCGUCCUCACCCGCGUGCCCUUCACCCACUGGUUCUUCUCCUUCGUGGAAGACCCGCUCAUCGACUUCGAGGUGCGCUCCCAGUUUGAAGGGCGGCCCAUGCCCCAGCUGACCUCCAUCAUCGUCAACCAGCUCAAGAAGGUCAUCAAGCGCAAGCACACGCUCCCCAACUACAAGAUCAGGUUUAAGCCGUUUUUCCCAUACCAAACCUUGCAAGGAUUUGAAAAAGAUGAAGAGCAUAUUCAUGUACAACAGUGGGCACUUACUGAAGGCCGUCUUAAAGUCACACUGUUAGAAUGUAGCAGGUUAUUCAUUUUUGGAUCCUAUGACAGAGAGGCAAAUAUUCAUUGCACACUUGAGUUGAGCAGUAGUGUUUGGGAAGAAAAACAGAGGAGUUCUAUUAAGACGGUUGAGUUAAUAAAAGGAAACUUACAAAGUGUUGGACUUACACUUCGUUUAGUCCAGUCAACUGAUGGCUAUGCUGGACACGUCAUAAUUGAAACAGUGGCCCCAAACUCGCCUGCUGCGAUUGCAGAUCUUCAGCGAGGAGAUCGACUUAUUGCUAUUGGAGGUGUGAAAAUAACAUCAACAUUGCAAGUAUUGAAGCUUAUUAAGCAGGCUGGUGACCGAGUCCUGGUGUACUAUGAAAGGCCUGUUGGUCAGAGUAACCCAGGGGCAGUGCUGCAAGAUAGUUUCGGCCAACUAGAAGAAAACUUCUUGUCAGGCACAUGCCAACCGAGUUAUGAAGAUGAGGCCACAGGGUUGGCAGUAGAGGCUGAAAACAGAGACCUGGAAUCUGAAUUUGAAGAUUUGGCGAGUGAUGUCAGGACACAGAAUGAGUCUAAAGAUGAGGCACAAGCAUUAAGUCAUAGUCCCAAACGUACACCUACAACGCUUUCUAUAAAACCCCUGGGAGCUAUAUCACCAGUUUUAAACCGCAAAUUAGUUACAGGAAGUCACCAAGUACCACCAAAAAUCCCACCCAAAGAAGGAAAUAAGCCCUCAACCCUAAAAACUUCUGAGGUAACAGAUCCAGCACAAAUGUCAAAGCCUGCCCAAGGAUCCACUUCCAAACCACCUGUGCCACCUCGACCCCAGCUGAAAGUUGCUUUGCCAUCUGCUGAUGCUCCUAAUCAGGCAGAACCAGAUGUGGUUGAAAAGCCAGAGAAGGCACUGGCGGCUCCUCCUGAUACAGAUAAAUCUACUGAAAAGCAAGCAAAAACUGUGGACCACGGAGAAGAUAUCACUGUACCCAAGCCACCGGUAGCAAAGCAAGAAGUGGCUAAAGAUUUUACUACAGAAACUUCCUGCCCUAAUAAGGACAAUACAGAUGAUCCUCAAACUUGGGAAUCCUCAGAAAUUCUUUACCGUAAUAAGCUAGGAAAAUGGACCAGAACCAGAGCGUCCUGUCUGUUUGACAUAGAAGCCUGCCACAAAUACUUGAACAUUGCACUGUGGUGUAGGGAUCCUUUCAAGUUGGGAGGUCUCAUCUGUUUGGGACACAUUAGUUUGAAACUUGAAGAGGUGGCUUUAGGAUGCCUAGCUACAUCAAACAUGGAAUAUCUUUCAAAAUUCAGACUGGAAGCCCCCUCCCCUAAGGCUGUCGUCACUAGAACUGCACUCCGCAAUCUGAGUGUGCAAAAAGGAUUCAAUGACAAGUUUUGCUUUGGUGACAUUACUAUUCACUUUAAGUAUCUGAAAGAAGGAGAACCAGACCACCAGAUAAUUCCUAACAUAGAAAAAGAGAAAGAGCUGAAUUUGGUGGAGGAAGGUUCUGCCCUCCCUAAAGAAGAGCACCUUGCUGGGCAGCUGAGUUUCGCAGAAAAUAAACACAAUUUUCAGGAUACUCAGUUCCAGAAUCCAACUUGGUGUGAUUACUGUAAGAAGAAAGUCUGGACUAAAGCUGCUUCCCAGUGUAUGUUCUGUGCUUAUGUUUGCCAUAAAAAAUGUCAAGAAAAGUGUCUGGCUGAGACACCUCUUUGUGGAGCGACUGACAGGCGAAUAGACCGGACCCUGAAAAACCUCAGGCUUGAUGGACAGGAACCUCUUGUAAGCCUGCCUCGUGCUGAUGCGGAGGCUAACAAGUCAGUCAAUAGAACAACAGGUCUAACCAGGCACAUCAUCAAUACUAGCUCACGUUUGUUAAAUUUGCGUCAAGUCUCUAAAACCCGCCUUUCUGAACCAGGGACUGAUCUUGCAGAACCUUCACCAAAACAUACACCCAACACAUCAGACAACGAAGGCAGUGACACAGAGGUCUGUGGUCCCAACAGUCCUUCUAAGCGGGGAAACAGUGCAGGAAUUAAGUUGGUGAGAAAGGAAGGUGGGCUGGAUGACAGUGUUUUCAUUGCAGUCAAGGAAAUUGGCCGGGAUCUGUACAGGGGCUUGCCUACUGAGGAGAGGGUCCAGAAACUAGAGUUCAUGUUGGAUAAGCUGCAGAAUGAAAUUGAUCAGGAGCUGGAACACAAUAAUUCCCUUGUUAGAGAAGAAAAAGAUACAACUGAUACAAGGAAAAAGUCUCUUCUUUCUGCUGCUUUGGCUAAAUCAGGUGAAAGACUCCAAGCUCUGACACUUCUUAUGAUCCACUACAGAGCAGGCAUCGAAGAUAUCGAAACUUUAGAAAGCCUGUCCUUAGACCAGCACUCCAAAAAAGUGAGCAAGUUCACAGACGAUGCAGAAGAAGAUCUGAAUAAUGAAAUAAGCCAACUAAUAGACACACAGCCAUUCAGCAGCAUAUCAGAUGACUUAUUUAGCCCCUCUGAGUCGGUGUAACACACAGGCUGCUUCAAGUUUGCCGUGACAGUGGGGGAAAAGUUGCAUCUCAAGUACCACAGCUACAACUAUGUUAAAAUCCUCUUAGGACGCACUUUGGCCUGCUUCUCCACAGUUACUUGCUUGUGUAAGAACAAGAAUGAAAAAGGUUGUUUUCCAGCAAAAACAUGACCAGCUCACUAAAUUGGUUGCUUCAGGUUGCA